AUGCCCUGGAAUGUCACUGUAGAUAGCUCGAGCAAGCGGAUCGGAAUAUGUUUUUACUUCAUAAUAGCUGACAUAUUACUCAGUACAGUUGAUGCAGUCUUCGAUGCCGUGGAAUGGGUGUUUAACGCCAUUAAGACGGUGAUUCAGGAUUUAAUCCGCUUUCUAGAGUUGCUCUUAGAUUGGGAGGACAUCAAACGCACCAAGAACGUUAUCUGCAGCAUCGCGAAGCUGUUUAUGCAAGGUCAGAUCAACUUGAUUGCAUCCGCCAAGCCCUUCUUCGACCAGGAGAUGAAUGCUCCCGUGACAAUGAUCAACGGCUGGGCUGGUGAUACAAGCUGGACGGGGACGAUUGGCCAGGCUACGACCCAUCCCUUGUCUGUAAGUGGUCAGAAUUCAUCAACAGGCCAAACAUCUGGCUCGCAGAUGCUGUCUAAUCACUAUAAGAACAACGCUUCUUCCCUGACUCUCGUUGAAACCGACACAGCCGAGAGUGGGGUAGAAGAGCUUGUCGACAACCUCUUGACUGCUCUGGAGAAUGAAAACAAGACAAUGAUAGCAGCAUACAACAACCUGAAGAACAUUGCUCACAACAUUUCGUCACAGCCUCUGCAAGACUCCCUCAAACAACUUGUUACGAUUAUCGCCGAUGUCUUGAUCUCUAUUCUCGGCAACUUUGGGGACGCCAUUCUAGAUAUUCUGACGACUCUCGCCAGCUCCGCCAUGCACCUUCUGGACACAGAUGAUCUGGAUAUAAGUGAACCUUCUAUAUUGGACCUCUUUCACUGGAUUGUCGCCGUUGCUUACACAGUUAUAUAUAAAAUCUCCAACAACAGCGCCCCAUUCUCUGACAACGACGAUGUGAGUGCCCUCAUCAACUCUGAUAGCUGGCAUACACUCCAAAGUAUUCUGGGUCAACCGCCUCCCCAGGACGAACUUUCCUAUUACUCGCGUGUCGCUUCAUACAUCUGGUCAGCGCCUAAAGAAAUCGGUGAUUCAACAAAGAAGAGUAUUUACCGCUGCUUACACACGAUAGGGACCGACAUUGAUCUCUUGAAUGUGUUUGUCGUCCCUCUUGAGGCUGAUGGUUCUUCGGAUAGCAAGCAGAACGCAUUCAGUGGGCCUAUGUCGGUUCUAGGUUAUCUGAAUACCGCAUGUCACGUUGUUGCUGGAUUCGCCGUACCCCAAAAUCCCAUAUCAAACGAGGUUCUCAAGGCCAUGCAUUACAGAAACAUUGCUGUCAAGGUUCUGGCUAGUCCUAUUCUCAAGAAGUGCAUGAAAGUGAAUAGAGAUAACAGAGGCUUCCCUGCCCUUGACAAACGCGGCAUGGGGGCUUUGGUUAAAGUCGUUGUCGGGUAUUGGGGGCUGUUCGUCACUGCAGGUCAUCUCUAUGAGUUGAGUCACGAUGCUCCAAGUUCCAAUAGAACAGCGGCUAUUCUGACGGAGGUGGGUAGUAUACUGGGUGAAAUAAGCAAUGUUGCAUAUUGCGAAGCUGUCAAUGAUCCAGAUCGAACUACCAGAGAGGUCCCUCUUCUAGUUAUAGCUGAAGUGGGAUUGAUCGAAGCCGGGUUGGAGGUGUCGUUAGUGGCAACUGUUGACAAAUAG